AUGGCAAAAGGUUGUGACGUAAAGCCGGAGAAGAUCACGUUUGGUGGGAGGGGAAAAGGACAUGGAAAAUUCGAACUUAACUACGGAGUUGCCGUGUCUGCUGACAAUGAGAUAUUUGUGACUGAUCAGUUAAACAGACGAGUCCAAGUCUUCAAUAUUGAUGGGACCUUUCUCCGCCUCUUUCCAACCGUCGUGCCGGGUGAAAGUAAGAAAAUGUACCCUUUAAGUGUUGCUUUGGACGUAGGGCCCGGCUACCUGUGGGUACUGGGGAGAUCCGCUGAAGUACAUGUCGCACAGUACAGCAAGAACGGGCAGCCCAUCAAAAAGUUUGAUUUUAUCUCCAAGGGCGUCUAUCCCGUCAUCGCGAUGGACGUGCGCAACAAUAAAGUUAUCGUGGGAGACAAAACAACCAUUAUGAUGUUUGAUCCAAACGGCUCUCGUAUUUGGACUUCAGAAGUGCGUACGGUAUACGGGAUUUGGGGAGUCACAUCGGACAAGGAGGGAAAUGUCCUGCUGACGGAUGGGUAUAAAACCAUCCAGAAGUACAAUCCCUCCGGAGUAAAGAUAUUUGAAUUCGGCACCUUUGGACAGGGGAAGGGGCAACUGAGAUCUCCCGUUGGUAUUUGUCUGGACACCUCUGGUCUCAUCAUUGUGGCGAAUUUUGGAAACAACCGGGUAGACAUGUUUACAAGCCAGGGUGAGUUUGUCCGCACCAUCGCGAACAUUGAACUCGCGUGGGCUGUCGCUAUGGGACCAUGUGGAGAGUUGGUGGUCACUAGUAAAUCAAUAAACAUUGUAACUAUCAUUCCUCGCCACUUGGUGGUCCCUUAA